UCGGAUAAGUAUCGCUGGGCAGAAAGUAGCUACGACGUCAUUUUCCGAGCUUGCGUGAGCUUAACGAACGUCCAGAUCAUCACGCAUCCACGUCGACAGGAAGACGGUGAGGCGUACCGCGAAUACAUCAGCCGCCUUCGUGGAAACACCAUCCAGAAGGUAAAACGACGUGCCGAGAUUCAAAAGGCCAGCAGAGAGAAAAGACACUUGCGCUUGGAGACAACGGUGAUGACUCUCCCAGGUACGACUGAAGGAUUCCUGAGUCAGGAGUAUUAG